CUGCCCUCCUUUCUCUGUUCUGAAAGACAAGAGGAGUGAGUGGAUGGCUGGGGCACACCUGAGCCAAAUGCAGAUUCAUCCCCACCUGCCGGAAGGAAGCAUUGCGAGAAUUGCCAGUGCCAAAGAUCAUUAGAAAGACUAACUUUCUUCACCGUAGCAGCCAUGCUGGACUGCACACUACUGCUUGGAUGAACAGCAUGUUUCUGGCAGCUGGGGCAUUUAGGCCUGCACCGUUGCUGUGGUCUCAAGCUCUCUUCUGUCUCCUCUUCUGUGCCCUUUCCUGUUAUUGUACUUCCUGCCCCCAGCAGUGUCAGUGCACCAACUACUCAGGAGAAACCGCUGUUCUGUGCAGCGCUAGCAACCUGGAAGAAAUUCCAAAGGAUAUUCCCAAAGACACCAUGUUCUUGAAGCUGGAUGCUAAUAAGAUCACCGCAGUCCCAAACAGCACCUUCAGGCACCUUGCCCACUUACAAGAGAUAGACCUCUCUAAAAAUGCCAUCGAGAAGAUCGAUUCUGCGGCAUUCAAGGGAGUGGCUGAUGGCCUGAGAUUACUUGAUCUCUCUGGCAACCACAUUCAGAGAAUCCCAAAGGAAGCCUUGGUCAACUUGAAUGCCAUGAUUCGCCUUUCCAACAACCCUUGGCACUGUGAAUGUACUUUGCAGGAGGUCUUGUGGGAAGUAAAACUAGAUCCUGAAUCGGUCAAUGAGAUCACCUGCCAAACAUCUGUGCAAGAAGAGUACGCUGGAAAACCUCUGCUCCAUAUCCUUGAUUCAGGCAUCAACUUUUGCACCAUGCAGCAGAAAACCACUGAUGUAGCUAUGUUCGUUACAAUGUUCAGCUGGUUUACCUUGGUCAUCAGCUAUGUAGUGUACUAUGUUCGCCACAACCAAGAGGACACAAAGAAGCACCUGGAAUACCUAAAAUCUCUUCCUAGCACACGGGUUCCUAAAGAGACCAUCAGCACUAUCCUGUAGUCAGGAAUGCAGAUUCUCGGCUAGACAUCCAGUUUUCUAAAGGAGAUAAUGUUGG